AUGACUUCUUGUUCGAGACUGUCCCACAAGGGGGAAUAUCUGUUCAACGUCUACUUUAUCAGUCCCCUUUAGCAUUUUAUAUACCUCAAUCAGAUCCCCCUAUUUUCAAUACUUACUAGCAUCCAUUUAGCAAUUACUUCUCUUCGGGCUUACUAUCCGCAAUUCUUUUGUCUGCUCCUUUUUUCUCUGUCUCUGUGCAAUGUCUCUCUCCAACUCACCCCUUUCUCCGCUGCCUAUCCUCCAACCCUACCCAUGUCAAGAGUAUAAAUAAUGCUACUUCCCCGCUUUUAUCCUAUCUGAUGUAGGUCACUACAUUCAAAUCUUUAAAUCUGUUUUUCUCUCCACUGAUGCUGCCAGACCUGCUGAGUUUCUGCAGCACUGUUUUUGUUUCACUAUAUUCAUGGUCUUGUUGUUUCUAUUCCCAGUUGCCCUACAAGCACUCAAACGAAAGAAGCGACUUGAAAAGCAGUUGGCACAGAUUGAUGGUACGCUCUCUACAAUUGAAUUCCAGCGAGAAGCAUUAGAAAAUGCAAACACAAAUACGGAAGUAUUGAAAUCUAUGGGCUAUGCUGCAAAGGCCAUAAAAGCUGUUCAUGAGCGCAUAGAUUUAGAUAAAAUUGAUGAAAUGAUGCAAGACAUCACAGAACAGCAAGAAAUAGCACAAGAAAUCUCUGAUGCAAUUUCCAACCCAGCAGCAUUUGGCUCAGAAUUUGAUGAGGAUGAAUUGCUGGCAGAAUUAGAAGAGCUGGAAGAAGAAGAAUUAAGUAAGAAGAUGACUAAAGUAUUGCCAAGAGUUCCAACUACCUCCCUGUCAUCCAGACAAGUUAAAUCUAAGAAGAAGACCAGGGAAGAAGAUGACAGUAUGAAACAUUUAAAAGCUUGGGCAUCGUAGAAUCAUCCAGAAGAACCAAGAAUGAUAAUGCUAGGGACGUGAAGGUGACUUUGUAUUCAUAUAUUUGGUAAAGAGUUCUACAAAACAUGGAUGUACUGUGGUUAUGGGUAUCUGAAGUUCAGUUCUGCUGUGGUAAACUCUGAUAUUCACAUGGAAUUUUUUUCUUUUAAAUCAGUAUUGGUAAAUCAUCCACUCUUCGUGUAUUAGCAUACUCAAAAUCUCUAUGCAAUUUGGAUCAGACAAAGUUUGGAAAAUGUCAUAAUUCAAGUAUCAUACUUUGGGACUGAAAUAUUCAGAAUAUAUUGAGCAAAGAGCUGAUGAAAGCCUGCUGUUUUCAAGUGAUCAUCUCAUAGUGCAUAGACAUUUUUUAAAAGAAACAGAAUUGGGUUUUGAUGUUUAAGCUAAAUUCUUCUGACCUUCUGAUAUUCUUUGGCAUCUGUUCUGUUAUAGAUCACAAGUGUGUAUAUUGGUCAAAUCUGAGUCAUUCCUCAUGAGUUAUUAUUGUAACUAAGCAGAUGUUUUAUAAUUAGAAAUCUAAUUUCCUAACUCUGAAAGCAUUAAAUUUAAAACUUCAGCUGUUGCUGAAGCUUGUAUCACUGGAAUAAUAACCAUGACAGCCAAUAAAAUACUCCAAAAGUGGAGUCAGACAGCCAUAUUCAAAAAGAAGAAAAUAGCCUGGAAGCAAACAUUGCUGCAUAAUGUAUGCAGUAUGUUCAGUCAGCAUUAAACACUUCCAAUAAUUUCACAUUAAAUAUUGAUUUUCAGCUAAAUGGAUUUUACACCAUUCAGUGCAAGACAAGCUGGUUCAAAAAAAAAACUAAAAGAUUAAUGACCACACAACUAUCCUUAGCUCAAAAACUAGUAAACACACUUGGUAAGGGAAAUAACAUUGAGAUAACAAAUAAUAAACCCAAAUACGUGAAUAUGACAGUAAUAUUUCUGUCUCCAGAAAUUGUUUUUAGAUCUGUCCACUUCAACAGCCUUCCUUGUAAAUGUACUCUGCCAAGUUUUUAUUUCUGCUUGAACUUGUCCACUUAUUUAUUACUCCCUAAUCUUUAAAUGGAAACUAGGCACAAUAGAUCACAAGCAUGAUUAGCAUUCAUGGAGUUUGAGGGGUAAUAGGUUAGCUUGGGUAGAGCAUUGGUUAAAGUACAGAAAAUGAGGAAUAAACAGGCCAUUUUUGGGUUGGAAGUCUGUUGCUAGCUGCACGCCAAAUAGAUCAGUGCUGGGACCUCAAUUAUUUACAUUCUGUAUUAAUGACUUGAAUGAAGGAUUGUGUUUAAUAUAUCAAAUUAUACAAAACCAGGUGGGUAAGUGAGCUGAAAGAAUGACAAGGGGUCUGCAAAUGCUUUACAGUUAAAUUAAGUGAGCAGGCAAGAAGAUGCAGAUGGAGUAUAUUGUGAGAUUGUGUACUUUGGUAGGAAGAAUAGAAAAGCAGAGUAUCUUUUAAAUAGUGAAAAAUUAUUAAAUCUUGGUUCUUGUAAACAACAUAGUCAAUGUGCAGUUACCACAAGCAAUUAAGACAAAUUGCAUGUUGACCUUUAUAAUAGGUAGUUUGCAGGACAAGAGUAAGGAAACCCUGAGAUAUGAUGUAACAAUCAAUAUCAAGAACACCCUUCCUUAGGCAUUGAAACCAAAAGUACAUUGUGUUCCAGAGGUCAGUCUUAGGAGACCUCUGCAUAAAUGCUCACUAAUGUAUUCUUAGGAUUAGAGUUGUCCUAGGAAGAAGAAUUGAGUGGGAUGUGUCUGCACACUCAGGAUUUUAGAAUGAGGUGAUCUCAUUUAAAUACUUAACAUUCUGAAGAAACCAUACCAGGUAGAUGCUGAGAGACUGUUUCCUCUGGCUGAAGAGUCUGGAACUCUGGCAUAGGCUCAGGAUAAGGGAUUGGAUAUUUAGGACUGAGAUGCAUAAUUUCUUCAGUUAGAGUUGAUAAUAUUAAAUUGGAGCGGGUGCAGAAAAGAUUUACCAGCAUGUUGCCGGGAAUAUAGGGUUUGAGUUAUAAAAAUGGGCUGGAUAGGCCGGGACCUUUCCACUGGAGUGUAGGCGGUUGAGGGGUGACCUUAGAGUUUAUGAAAUCAUGAGGUGCAUAAAUAAGGUGACUAGCAAGGGUCUUUUCCCUGUUUGGGGGGAGAUGGGGGAGUUCAUAACUAGGGGGCAUAUUUUUAAGGUGAGAAGAGAAAGUAUAAAAAAGGACAUGAGGUGCAACUUUUUUAUAUAUGGAAUGAACUGCCAGAGGAAGUGGUGAAUACAGGCUACUACGUUUAAAAGACAUUUGGUUAAGUACAUGAUUAGGAAAGGCUUGGAGAGAUAUGGGUCAAAUGCAGGCAAGUGGGACUAGUUUAGUUUGGGAAUAUGGUCAGUGUGGACUUAUUGGACUGAAGGGUCUGUUUCUUUGCUGUAUGGCACUAUGCCUCUGUGACUAUGACUCUACCUUUGGAGUUUUGGAUACUACUUUGUUAUAUUCAGGUCUGAGAUCAAUAGAUUUUUAGAGUCGAUGCAAAUUAAAAUAAAUAGGGUAAGGUGGGAAAAUGGAGUUGACGCCAAAGAUCAUUACAUUAGAUACGCAACACAGACAGGCCAUUUCACCCAACCAGUCUCUUCUUUUUACUUUAGACCAUAAAGCCAAUAGAUGUAGUCAGAGCAGAAAUAGGCUAUUCUAUAAGACGUAGGAGCUAAAGUAAGUUAUUCAGCUCAUUGAGUCUGGUGUGCUAUUCAGUGAGAUGAUUGAUUUGAUAAGCUUCAAUCCCAUUUUCCUGCUUUCUCCUCAUAACCUUCGAUUCCGUCAUUGACUAAAAUUCUGUCCAUCUCAGCUUUGAAUAUACUUUACAACCUCGCCUUGGCAGCUCUCUGCAAUAAGGAAUUUCACAAAUUCACUAUCCUCUGAGAGAAGAAAUUCUUCUUCAUCUGUCUUAAAUGUGCAAUGUCUUAUUCUGAGAUUUUUCCGUCUGGUCGUAGACUGUCCCACAUGGGGAAGUAACCUUUCAGCAUCUACCCUGACAAAGCCCGAAGAAUCUUUAAAUUUUUAAUUACUGUUUCUUUGUCUAAGCUUUUGACUUUUUAUUUACUUGUUUCUAUGAUGUGGAUUAAAAUGCUUUAUUCGACAUUAAAGAUGCUGUACAAAUGUGAAAUAAUGUUGAUUUGAGCAUAUGGUACCACGAUACAUUAGUGAUUAUCAUUCAACUGAGAUGUGAUAGAGAUAUAGUUGGAGCAAUACAAAAGCAAAAUCCUAUAAAACAGAAGUCUUGUCAAAAAUAAAUGUAGGUCUGUCAAAAAAAAUCAUCCAAUCAUAUCCAUAUCACAAUAAAAAGCUUGUGUCUGUAUACCUUUCCUGGAUACCUAUAUUGUGAAAGUUCAUAAGUCUACAUUUAGAAUAUAGAUUGUCUCUAUUAAAGUUAAAAAUGUUGAGUUUCCACAGAAAUACUCAAAAUGGGGCGGCACGGUGGCUCAGUGGUUAGCACUGCAGCCUCACAGCACCAGGGACCUGGGUUCGAUUUCACCCUCGGGCGACUGUCUGUGUGGAGUUUGCAUGUUCUCCCCAUGUCUGCGUGGGUUUCCUCUGGGUGCUCCGGUUUCCUCCCGCAGUCCAAAGAUGUGCAGGCUAGGUGGAUUGGCCAUGCUAAAUUGCCCAUAGUGUUCAGGGAGUUGUAGAUUAGGUGGGUUAUGGGGGGAUGGGUCUGGGUGGGAUGCUCUGAGGUUCGGUGUGGUCUUGUUGGGCCGAAGGGCCUGUUCCCACACUGUAGGGAUUCUAUGAGAAAAAAUAUUACUUCUCCUCUAAAACCUCAGGAAAAAGCACAGAAGUCCUUGGCUUUUCCUGGGGUUUCUGUAGACGAGUGGCAGAACCCCUGCAGAACUUGGAGAUAUUACCCAGUAAUUGCAUACGUAAUGCAAGAGCAACAUGCAGGAGAAACCAAACAUGCCCACGCUACAAACAAUACAGCUUUUGAAGUUCGUCGAGUGUGCCUUUUGGAGAUUUACUGAGUCAACUGCUUCACCCAAUGUCCCAUAAGAAGUUGCAGAUUUUGGCUAUUUUUUAAUAUGGAAAUUACUGAAAUUCUAGGCUACUACACUAUUGUAAUUGCAUUUUUAAAAUGUAAUAAAGCACAAAUACCUGUAAUACAGAAAUAUAUGAUACUAGCUUGAUAACAUACCAAGAAAAGUUAAAUGAAGCCUUUCCUUGCACUUUUCAUUUUCUGGGCAACACGGUGGCACAGUGGUUAGCACUGCUGCCUCACAGCUCCAGGGACCUGGGUUCGAUUCCAGCCUCGGGCAACUGUCUGUGUGGAGUUUGCGCAUUCUCCCCGUGUCUGCGUGGGUUUCCUCCCACAGUCCAAAGAUGUGCAGGUUAGGCGGAUUGGCCAUGCUAAAUUGCCUGUAGUGUUCAGGGAGGUAGAGGGUGUAUAUUAGGGGGUUAUAGGGGGAUGGAUCUGGGUGGGAUGCUCUGAGGUUCGGUGUGGACUUGUUGGGCCGAAGGGCCUGUUUCCACACUGUGGGGAUUCUAAUUCUAAUGUUGCAGCACAAGCUUUUCAAAUGACUUUAUUUUACUUUUGAGAAGAUGAUGGAGUUGACUAAUUAUUUGAUAUGCUAUAUUUAGAUUUUUUUUGUUAAGCUACUUGAUUUUCCUUUUGGGCAAAAUAACGAGAUUUAAAAUGGGGGAUAAAAUAAAAUUUAAAUCUGAAAUUUUGCUUUCAGUGGAAAAUCUGAUUGAACACAAUUUUAUAUUAUGGUUGAGAUGUAAGUCUUAUUUUAAAAAAUCCAAUAUUGUUAUUUUAUCUGAUGACAUUUCUAAGUUUAUUAGUACCAUUGACACUAACUGUAGAGAUUAGUUUUUAAAUAGAACCUGUGUGGAUUUUAUAUAUGUUGGUUUACUGGUAUCAUUGUUCAUUGAAGAUAAAUGCACCUAUUCAAGACCAACCAAUAGAAAGUGAUGUACAAGAACAUUUUGUAAAUAAAAGUAUUUAAUUUCCAUACCA